AUGUCUGUAUACUACUGUGCCCGUGACUGCGCGUCCCUGAUUGGCCCGUCGCUCUCCCCGUCUUCUCCUUCUCAAUCUCCGACCACCGAUGAGCAACCACCUUUGAUCCCCCCAUUCCUUCUUGGCUCGGAAUUGUUUUCGCUUAGGUGCAUCAUCCUCUGGAAGGCAUGCUGCACACGCUCCUCUAGCCCUCCUCGCUCCCUCCGGCCACGCUGUCUGGAGCCCCAGACUCGACUAUGUACCGCGCCCCGGGCACCACCUCCCUCUUUUGCGCUGACAUUCAUUCUCUGCAGGGCCGUCUUCUCGCUGAUCAUCAUUAACAAGGCCGGCGGCCUGAUCUACCAACGCGAAUUCCAAGCCGGCCUGCGCAAGCUGUCAACCAAUGACUACUUGGUACUGGCGGGCACCUUUCACGGUGUCCACGCCAUUACCCGCUCCAUCACACCCAAGAUGCCACUCGCUCCAACAGCCUCCUCCCCCGCCGCGUCGUCGCCGAGCACCAGCACCCCCGUCUCGUCGGGGUACGCAUACCCGAACCCCGGCGUCGCCGCCACGGGCAUCGAAGAGCUUGAGACAGACAAGUUUCGCCUGACAUGUUUCCAGACUAUGACAGGGACAAAGUUCCUGCUGUUUACGGACCCGAUGAGCGGCAAUGUUGACGUUAUCAUUAACAAGAUCUACGAGCUGUAUGCGGACUACGUGAUGAAGAACCCAUUCUACCAGCUGGAGAUGCCUGUGCGUUGUGAGGCGUUUGACCGGCAUCUGGGGGCGUGGUUGAGAGGGCGCACUUGA